GCCUGCCACAAUGGCGGCCUUCGUUUGGCAUCUUAUGGUUUUGUUCGGAUUUUUAGCUACAAAAUCGUGUUUGUCAUUUGGCUCUGAAAAUGACAUACACAAUGUAAUUUCUUCUUUGCAUAAACUGAUAAAUUACUUUCGUGAGAACUACAAAGACCUCAACCUUGAUGGAUUUUUUGGGCUUCGAGUUCUUGAAGGACAGCUGGAAGUGCUCAUAGCUGAACAUCAAGAGGGUCAGCACAAGAAUUUGUCCACAGCCAUUUGGAAUGAGAUCAAACUUUUGAAAAAUUUCGCCCAAAAUAUCACAGCUCUUGGUCUUGAGUAUGUCCAGAAAGAUGACUUCAAUUAUUUUAAAGACUUCAGUCUGGUCAUCAAAACCCCAUGGCAUAUAAAAAAACCAGAAAGAAAGAUUGAUCCUUCCUUGCGCUGGGAGAUCCCACAGUAUAAAGCCAAACUAGCAGUGAAGCUAUCAGAGAAACUCAGUGACAAAUGUAUGACAGAACUUAUGAAGGAGGGAUGUGUCAUUUCACAAGAGUGUGCCACUGUCAUGACAAGCAGGGGUCUCACCGGCUAUGGCAUCACACACCAGCUUCUCUGGACAACAAUUGCGGAACUCAUGCCACAUUGCAACCAGUCCAUCAACAAAGUAGCUGCAGAACAAGGUUUUGGGAACUUGAGCCAGUUCCGGCUUGAAUUCUGCAGUAAUAACUUCUACGAAAUGAUUGCAGUGGUGCACGUUCUAAUGCAUGGCAAGGUGCAUGAGAGUCAUCAGGAUCUAUUUCUAGAACAGCAAUUUGUCUGUCCUGAGCUGGGAUUCUAUGAGUUUCUGAAAAAAGACUACCUGGAUCAGAUUAUAUCCUGGCAAUUUCCCAGCGGCUGCUAUGGUGACAGUCCAACACAGAAGGACUUGCAGGACACCCUAGAGGUUGGGCAGCUCCUGGAGGGUUACCAUCAGAGCCCAGGGAAACUUUUACCUGCUGCCCACUCAGGUCAUCAAGUCAGAAACAUGAGAGUCAGAACAGCUGAGAUGGAACCUAAUGCACAAAACUCACAGAUAAAAGUGUCAGCUGCAGCAAAUACUAUUCAGCACAUAGAAAAUCACAUAUCACGCACAAUUUCACCGGUGCUAAAGGCUGGACCUCCAGGAAGUAUUUUAAAAUUUGUUGCUAAUGAUACAAAGCGAGAGAAACAUUUGGGUAACCAGGCAAAAAUAGGAAGAAAAUUACUUGUUGAGAAGGAUAUGGGAGGUGGAUGUCUCUCUCAUAAAACUGGAGUAGCCUCAGGAGCCCUGGUGGUGUACCUGCGAUACCUCAUUGCUCCAGGCAGCAUUCAGUGGACAAGUCAACACGACCUCUUUCUGUCAGACAGCCGCACAUUGUUGCAGGCCAAGGGAGAGAAGCAAGCUAAUGCGUUGAACCAGGAGGUAGAGGAGGGGGCCAACAAUGAGGAGGAGGGUGCUGCUGAGGAGGAUGAUGCUAAUUACAAUGGAGCAGAGGAGGGAGAUGAGGACGGAGAUGAAUACAACCAAGGCGAGGAGGACUACAAAGCUGGGAAUGAAGAUGCUGCUGACCACACCAUCCAGUUUGGUGCCAACCGCAACCACGACCAAGUCAUUAUUAAUGAAGACAGUGAGAAAGAUGGGGCAGACUAUGCAAACAACAAAGGUAUCCUGCGGCAACAAAUUGACUUCCCCGCUAAUGCUGCUGUCAAUGUUGAAGACACGGAAGACCAACAGGAGGAUCAGAACUAUUACGACGAUGAGGGGGAGACAGAGAAAGGAAUCAUCAGACAUAGAAAACCACCCACACCCCGUCCUCACCCUCCAGUCAAAACUCGCAAAAAGCACUCUGGUGCUGUAACUCCAGAUGUGCUCUAUGGAAUAGAACGCUUGGAGCUGUCAAGUGACCAGCCAAACUAUUUUGUUAUUCUUCUGGUUUCUAUAGCACCUUUCUUUGUUCUCAUCUUAUUUUUAUACAAGUUCAUCAGGAAACGAAGGAUCCAUAUAAGGUAUCAUUUUUAAAGAAUCAUAUUCCAGUGUAAUUGUGUGCAUUUCCUUGAGUGCAAUAAUGUGGGGCCGUCAGUCAACAGGGUUUAUUUAACAUGUGCGGUUUUAAUUUAUUAUUAUUGUGCUGUGGUGAAUUGUAUAAAAGAUUUGAAAUGCUAAAAGUGAAUGUGUGUGUGAUUUAUUGAUAGAAUGCACAUGCUUAUAUAUAUAUUUAUGUAUAUAUAUACACCUCGGAAAUAAAUAGUCAUGGUUAGUUCUGUAUGAUACAUUGUAGUCUACUUUAAAAUCUAGUUACGUCUUGCCAGUACUUUGAUUUGUUUAUCUAUCUUACUUUGCCAAAAGCAGUAAACAAUUUUGUUUAUUGCAGAUUAACGAGUCCUAAUUUUUUAUGACUGUUAUUUACAUUUAUCAGAAGAAAAAUUUCCGAUGUUAUAUUUUGAUACAAAACCACCUUUACUUAAAAAAACUUAUUAAAAAUAUUAUUAGGUGUGAAUGUAAUUGUUUAAAUAAAAUACUCAUUUUUUUUAAAAAUUGUUUUUUUACAAGUAGCAUUAUCUUUUGUUACAUAAACCAAACAAGGCAGUUGUUACUGUUAGUGGCUGGUAAACCAAUGGGAUGAUGUACAUAAUUUACUUUUUUUAAUGAGAAUCUCUGUCUUACUAUUUUUUGCGUGGGGAAAAAAAACUUGUAUAUAUAUUUUAUUGAAUUCAAGUGAUGGAUUCAGUCAAUGCAUAUUUUAUUUUAUUUUUAUGUAUUAUUAAAAAAAAAGCUUUAAACUAAUAAGACUGUCUGUAGGAGAAACAUGUAUUGUUCAUGUUAAUCAUGAACUGUUGUAAGCCACAAGGUAUGUAUUUACCGCUCCCACCCCCAAGUCUUUUUCCAUUUAUGUACCCUCACUUUCUGAGUCCUAGUUCUGUGAUUUCUCUUUUGUUUGUUAGAGCUGCUGCAUAAAUGUAUAUCUUAACUAAGAGUGCAGCACUUUGUGUUCAUUGUAAUGUAUAACAAUUUUUCUACUGUUUGCCAUGAUUACUACAUGUUAGCUUGAGCUCUAUUUUUAUGCAUCUUAUUGAUUCACUAAUAAUAAUUCUAGAGUCACUAGAAAUAUAAUUUUAUGGUUUCUUUGAGUCGAUGGCAUAUAGCCACUUUUACAAGUUUUUGUGAUACCAAUCACCUUUUAUAUUAUGAUAUUAAUUUGAUUACUUGUUUUAACAUUAUUUUCCAUCAUUUCCAUUUAAUCCUUUAAAACAUCAAUGUCAGUAUGAUUAAUUAAAUUUGUUUUAGUAAGAGGCCUAAGAUCACUUUCAA